UUGAAUUCGCACGUGACAACUUCUCCUUGGCCAGUGUAACGUAAAUAGUGAGUGUAGUUAAUAAUAAGAACUAAUCGCCGAGUGGAAAAAUCGCACGACGAAAGAUGAAGAUCAACAUUUUACGAUGCCGCAGAAAUACGCUUUAUCGUCUUUUUUAUACCUGUGCACGCGUUCAUGAGGGAAUGUGAAUUGGAAGCUCAAGAUAAGGAUGAAUUCAAAUGAAUCUGAUUAAAUAAACAGAGAUAUACAUUUAAUCUAACGUAUCGUAAAGCAUCGGAAAAUCGGCGAAGAGAAAUCCCAUCAAACAGAGCUCGUCUACGAUGUUUUGUCUAGGAGGAAGAAACAGUGACGAUACGAGACAGGAUGAUUUUGGGUGGUGGUUGAGCAACGAGGAUGGUCUAAAAUCGCCUAGAUCAACUCGUAGUAAAGAUCAUCGGUCGGUGGGAUCGUCCGAAUCGAUGUUUUCCUGCAUAGAUUCUGACGACAGCGAAAGUUAUGCCCUUGCGCAGGAAUUCAAACAAGAAUGCAACGGUAAUUACAAGAAAAUAGAACUUACGUCGUUAAUUAACGAAGAUUGUGACGUAAAUCUCAUCGAGCUAGAUGCCAUUAGGGAAGAAGGGGACGCCGCGUCAUUGCUAGCGGAAGACGAGGUACGGUGUUCGGACGAUUCGAACCCGAGGUCGCAGGACUCGCGCGGCACGUGCUAUACACCGGAAAGGCUGGUCAGAUCUCAGAAUUACCGAAUACUAGCGCCGUCGCCCCCCUACUUGUCGAUCUCUCAAAUGAGAGAUAUGCCAGAUAAUCCACGGAAGACGUCUCGCUGCCGCCACCGGUUGGACUACACUAUCGACUCCAACAAAGAUGAUGGAACGCAAAUGAAAACUUUGACGAAUCCCAAUCCGAAGGAAAUAGUGGUACCGACAAUCGACUUGCAUCGUUGGAAAAAAUAUGAACAAGUCUAUAGCAGGGGCAACAGGACGAUAAACGAUAAAAAAGAAACGAAAACGGAAGACAUGUCCGAUUAUUCAAGCAGCCUGAACGUGUCCGAUUAUUCGUUUAGCAAGAGAUCCAGUUGCGAGAGAUUGAAUGACACAUGGGAGAACAGUGGCAAGAUGGAGACACGCAACUGUUCCAGCGGUUGCUCUGAAACGACUCCGUUCGAAGACACUUCCGGUAUCCAGAGCAACGAUUCGACCUCCAAUACACACACCUCGAAUAUGCAAAGCACUCCUCCUCUCUGUCUCAGUGACGAGUUGCCAACAACGAAUUACAGCCUCGAUACUACACAGAGACAACGUUCUACUACCAAUAAGGUGGAAUCGAUCCUGGAAGUACUCGACACAAAUCCCGAGAAAGCUAUGGCUCUUCUUGAGAAAGAUAGUUUUCACGACAGCAUAUCCUCACACGAUCAAUCGACCAGGCUGGCCUUGACCAUUGAAACGGAUGAGAAUAUGUUGCGAAUUCCCGAGAAAGAACAAUUAAUUCAUCUUCAAAACAAAAUAAAGAAACUUCAAGCUGGCAACAAAGAAAUUUAUCAAGACAUAUCUGAUCUUCGAAAGAACUUUAAAUGUGAGGAACAGAAAAUUACAGACAUCUCGUCCAAGACCAGCAAACUACGACAGGACAUACAUGAUUUGCGAUAUCUCGACGACCUUUUGCAUCUCUUACGGGGAGAAUUGAGUAGGAUCUCGGAAAGAAAGUGGCCAUUUGUUAUAGGACGUAUAAGAAGUUAUAAGGAGGAAAUGAAUCUCAUCGUGUGAACGAUACAAAUUACAUCCAUUAUAUCGAUAGAAUUUAACGGAAGAUUUUACAAGAACUUUCAUAAAAUUACAAUAAAUAAUAGGUCGAUACAUAGAGACACAGUUGAAUAUACACGUUUCACUGCCAUUGUUACUAUAAUUCACAACGACGUGAACUUACAAGACAGGUUAUAACUCUCUCUCUCGCGCGCGCGCGCUCUCGCUCUCGUAGAACCGACCAGUAAACGUAAAUUUUACAUCUUAAUAUAAUUGGUUGUCCGUCUACAAAACAAAUUAUUCUAUAACGUUAUCAUGCAAAUAAAAUGAUCGUGAUACGAGUGCACGAGAUUUGAAUCGCAUGCGCAAAUAGAAAUUAGACAAUAGAACUUCAACAAAUUCUAUUUCUAUUCUCUGGAAUAGGCAUAUGAAUAAUACCUGUAUAUUACUUAGAUAGAUUUUUGCCUUCUGAAAAAUUUAUUUAUAUAGAAAAUGUACAAUGUAUUUUUAUAUGUAUACAAUCCAUAAUUCUAUUUUCUUUUAUAAUUUUGUAAUUUAAUAACUUGUUCAAAAGCCUCAUAUUUAUUGCUAUUGAACUGCUGCCAGUAUUAGUAUUAGUAUUUAAUCACACGAUAUACCGCAGGCAGGUAUUCACUCAAAAUUAAUACUUACAACAAACGUAUGGAUUCUAGGUUUCAGGAUUCGGUACAUGUAUUAUUGCUCUAACGUUAGUUACAAUUAAUAUGACAUCUUAUUUUAUCUUUCUCUUGCAUUUUACAAACUUUUCUAUCUAUAGCCAAACAUUUAUAAAUAUGUAAUUAACGUUAGACUGUUAACCGAGGAAAACAAAAUUAAUUCACUUUUUGAUACCUUAAACUUAAUAAUUUAUUUAUCUGGAAACCAUGUAUUUUUAAUGUAUCAUUAUAUUUUUAUUGUGCGUACCUA